CUUACGAAACUGUGAGCAACUAUUUGCUCGUUUCUGAUGUAAUCAUACAAUUAACCGCUUGCGUUCAAUCAACAUCUUUCAAUAUUUCAUCUUGUUUAUCACAGGGAUGAAAGAUUUAAAAACGAUUGGACAAAACACCCCAUUGUCUGAGCUCGGUAUGGAUUCGAUGAUGGCAGUGGAUAUCAAGCAAACUUUAGAGCGGGAAUUCGAUAUUUUCCUCACCGCGCAAGAUAUUCGAAAUCUCACUUUUGCAAAACUAAAAGAUAUGGCCGACAAAGACAAACGUUUUGCAGAGGACACUAACGACGUCGUAGAUUCGGAAGGUGGAAAAUUAUUUAUUCGGCUAUUAAGCAAUUUAGACAUAAAAUCGGACAUUUGUUUAGAAAUGCCAACGAAACAGGAGACGGAGAGAAAUCGUAUAUUUCUUCUACCGGGUAUCGAAGGUUGUGGGAGCGUAUAUAAUUCAUUGGCUCUGGAAAUCAAGGCUCCUGCAACGUGCUUGCAGCAUGGCACGAAUAAUAUCUCCACAUGCGAAUCUGUGGUGCAAUCGGCUGCCACCUUAUUACCUCAUAUUCUUACAAGAUUGAAAGAUUCCGAAGAAUUUACAAUAGUCGGAUAUUCGUUUGGAUCGUUAAUUGCUAUUGAGCUAAUGAGAUUGUUGGAAGCUAAAAAUCUCAGAGGGCAGUUAAUAUUAAUUGACGGCGCUCCCGAUCAGAUGAAAGCCUUGAAAGAACAAUAUUUUCCAUUUACCAAUAUUGAUGAGUUUCAAAAUAAUGUUCUUUUAGGCUUAACGGAUUUAUUCUCUACGCUUCAUAGUACAAUGAUUCUAAUUGAAUUAUCCAAGUACAAGACGUGGGAGGAAAAGCUUAACGCUUUUAUUGAGUACAUACUCACCAUAUCUACACAACUACCUUUUGUUGAAAAUUACAAGGUUUAUUGUACGACCAUUUACAAGCAUCUCAUGGCCCUUCAAGAAUACGAUGCGUCUUUAUUGCCGCCACUGAAAUCAUCUAUUGUGUUAUUAAAACCCACGUUUGCGUCUCUGUCUUCUGCCGAGGAAGAUUAUGGUUUGCGCAUGGUUACUGAAGGUCGGGUGCAAGUUCAUUAUAUUGAAGGUAAUCAUAUCACGAUGAUAGAAAAUAAUGAAGUUGUUGGUGUUAUUAACGGAGACGUGGUGUUGUCAUGAAAAAUAUUUUUCAUAAAUUACAAUGAUAUAAUUGAUGAAUAAUGAAUAUAUUAUAAUGUUAUUUUACGAGAAUGUUUUCAUUGCAUUAUUUCAUUUGGAAACUGUGCAAUUUUAUCAACAUGUAACAAU